CUUCACAAUCUCAGGUGAGUAAAUUGCCUUUAAAUUGUCAAUGUAUUCUUAAGUGUUUUGAAAAGCAUUUCAUUCUACUGUGAGCAGCCUCAAGGGAACGACUAUCCACACUCUUGUUUCCACUGUGAAAGAUAUACAUUGUGUUUGUAUCUUUGUCUUUAAAAAAUAAAUUAUGAAAUUGCUCAAAUCAGGUAAAUCUUGAUUGGACAAUGGCUAAAAUAUGACCAAUCUUGAUUUGUCUAUAGGCUAUCUUAAAUUAGAGUGGACAUUUAUUGUAAUCCUAUACAUGUGUAGCCCUUCCUAUCACUCUCCCCACCCCUCACUUUACAUUGUGGCUUUUCCCACAAAGAACACAAGGGACAUGUAGCAGCAACAAAAUGAACAGGGUAAUAACACAUUUAACAGGCUUGAAUCUGCUCUUUCAAUUUGUUACUUGUUCAAGACUGGUGUGUUACCUCACAAAUUGGUCUCAGUACAGAGCAGGAGCUGCAAAGUAUCUUCCGGAGAAUGUGGACCCAAACUUGUGUACUCAUUUAAUCUAUGCAUUUGCCAAUAUAAACUAUAUAGCAGGUAGUGAGUGGAAUGAUGUGGCAUUCUACUCAACCUUCAAUGCACUAAAGAACCGAAAUCCUCAACUGAAAACCUUGCUGUCUGUCAGAGAUCAGGACUCAGGCCAAUUCUCCAACAUGUUGUCCAAAUGGACCAACCGUCAGACAUUCAUCAAGUCUUCCAUAGAAUUCCUUAGGAAGCAUAAAUUUGAUGGACUGGAUUUGGACUGGGAACACACUCCAGAAGAGCCACCGGAAGAUAAGCUGAAAUAUACACUAUUGUGCAAGGAACUUUUGGAAGCAUUUAUAGCUGAAGGCGCAAACAAAGAUACAAGACUGAUUUUGACAGCAACUGUAUCAGCACAGAGAGAAGUAAUUAAAAGGAGUUACAAUAUUCCAGAGAUCUCAAAAUACUUGGACCAUAUUAGUGUCAAGACAUUUGAUUUUCAUACCUUUGAAAACGGAAUUGUGAGACAUCACAGUCCUUUGUACAGCAGUAUCCAUGAUGAGGAGGAUGCCUACACAAACACUGAUUAUGCCCUACAAUACUGGAGAGUCCAGGGAGCUCCUGCUGAGAAGUUAUUGAUGGGCUUUGCCACUUAUGGCCGCUCCUUCAUCCUCUCCUCCACUCAGAGUGGUGUUGGUGCCCCGGCCAGUAACUUUGCUUCCCCUGGACCUUUUACUCAAGAGAUGGGCCUGUGGUCUUAUUUUGAAAUUUGUCUUUUCCUAAAUGGUGGUGUGAUACAGUGGCUAGAGGACCAGAAAGUUCCAUUUUCUGUUAAAGGGAGUGAAUGGGUGGGUUUUGACAAUCUAAAGAGCUUUGAGACAAAGAUAAAAUACUUACAGGAACAUAGCUUUGGGGGAGCGUUUGUAUGGACUCUGGACCUGGAUGAUUUUUCUGGAUAUUUCUGUGGACAAGGCAAUUACCCUUUAGUCCGCCAACUGAAGAAACUGUUAAUAGUUGGAGCAAAAGAAGAAAUGCAUAUUUCCAUGACUACAAGCACCAGCAUUUCCAUCAACACUUUUGCAGUGGUUGGGCAGAGCUCUUCACCACCGACAACAUGUAUGAAGACUCUCAGCUCUCUUCCGGCACUGGAAAGCCAGUUCUGUGCAAACAGACCAGAUGGAUUUUAUCGCAAAAAAGAUGAUCUUAAUUUAUUUUAUUUAUGCCAUAGAGGCAAGACAAAUAUCACCUGGUGUAUCCCUGCCAUUUUCAAUCAUUCUAGAACAGCACAGCCAUCACAGAUUAUAACUUUCAUUGCAUUUUGGACUGCAAGUAUCCUAACUCUGUGGCAUACUCUACUUUAAGAGCUUUGCACUGAUUUAACAUACAAGCAUAGUGCAGCAUACCUAAAAUAUAUCCUAUAUAAAACUGUACAUGUGGGGCACUUGUGAUCGUUAUUGUGGAUAUCACUAUUAAAGAGAUAGUUCUCCAAAAAAUGAAUAGUCUCUAAUUAUUUACUCAACCUCAUGCCAUCCCUGAUGUGUAUGAAUUUCUUUCUUCUGCU